AUGUGGGUGAAAAGCCCAACGUUCCACGGUGCUGGUUUCCCAGGGUUUGUAGCGGCGCCCUUUCCUUCUGCCGCCGCACUUCCUCCUGGGAACGCUUCUGUCCGCCAGAAACCAGUUACUCCCGGAGGGUUACGUGUCAGCCAGACUGGGUUCUCCACCUCCGUUCUAGGACCCGUGCCACUCGCCUUCCCACGCCGUGGAGAGGCACAGUGCUUGUCGCCUCAGGGUCCGAAGUCUCUUGACGGACUGAAAAAGCGGGAAGGAGAUGAGGCAGUCUGGGGCCCUUGCACCGUUCGUUCACACAGCCUUGGCGUAAAGGUGAGGCUUUGGUCAUUGAAGGGGCCCCUCCCGAUGCUGAAGGCGAGCUUUGGAAACCCGGCCUACCUUCAGAUCAGCGAUGGGGGUGAAAAGCCCGUCGCGACAGGGUGUUGGUUUCCUAGAGUUGGCAGCUUCGCCCUUUGCUUCUGCAUGCCGCACUUGCUCCCGAGAACGCUUGUCUCUUCACGAAACGAGUCGUUGCUGCAGGGUUCAGUUGCAGGCGGACCGGGUUCCCUCCCGGCCUUCUUCGCUCCAGGACACGUGCCAUUCGCUGUCCCAAGCUGGGAGGAGGCACGGUGCUUGUCGCGUCGGCAGCAGAUGUCUGCUGACUGCCUCAAACAAGCGGGAAGGAGAAUGACUCAGCCUAGGGAGUCUUGGAGCACCGACUUGAUUCUACGUUCGGGACAGAAGCCCCGAGUGGAACGUUUCCUCACAGAGAGCGCUGCUGCGCACCGUGAGGGAAGACUGGGAACCCUGCCUUGUUCGUUCACCCAGCUUUUGGAAAAGGGGAGGCACGGGCAGAGGUCACUUCAGGGCCGUCUCCUGGUGCUUAAGGAAAGCUUUGGAACCCUGCCUACCCUCAGUUGGCAGCGUUGCCCUUUCCUUCUGCGGCCGCACUUGGUCGCGAGAACGCUUGUGUCUUCCCGACGCGAGCUGUUGCUGCAGGGGAAAGGUGCAGGCGGGCCGGGUUCCCUGCCGGCCUUCUUCGCUCCAGGACGCGGGCCACUCGCUGUCCCAAGCUGGGAGGAGGCACGGUGCUUGUCGCGUCGGCAGCAGAUGUCUCCUGACUGCCUCAAACUAGCGGGAAGGAGAAUGGGUCCGCCUAGGGAGUCUCGGAGCACCGACUUGGUUCUACGUUCGGGACAGAAGCCCCGAGUGGAACGUUUCCUCACGGAGCCUUUUGCUGCGCACCGUGAGAGAACACUGGGGCCCCUGUCUCGUUCGUUCACGGAGCCGUGCGCAAAAGCUGAGGCGUGGGCUUUGGUCCUUUUAGGGCCCUCUCCUAUUGCUCAGGAAAAGCGUUGGGCACUCUGCCUACCUUCAGAUCAGCGACGGGAGGGACACGCCGGUCGUGACAGGGUGGUGGUUUCCUCGGGGUUGCGGUGUCGCCUUUUCCUUCUGCGGCCGCCCUUCUCCCAGGAACGCUCGUUGCUUCACGAAACGAGUUGUGGCUGCAGGGCUCCGUGGCAGGCGGACGGGGGUUCCGACCUUCGCUCCGGGACACGUGCCAUUCGCUUUCCCCUGCUUGGAGGAGGCCCAGUGCUAAUCGCGUCAGCAGCAGAUGUCUGCUGA